UAUUGUGAGGCAGAUAGAUGUAUCUUUUGGGGAGUAAAAAGUCAGUUUUAUAAGAAGUUUCAAGAAAUUCCGCAAACAUAGUUCCAACACAAUAAGUAUUACACGUAGUAUAUAAAAGAGGAAGCAAUCCAUCUUUUUAGGUCAUUUAAAAUUUUUAGCUAAUAUGAAAUGGUGGUGUAAGAUCCUAUUGAAAGCGUGUAUUAUACUCAAAUUUAUUUAUUAUUUUAAUUCCUAAUCCCCAUAGUGCGUGCGUGUGAAAAAGUUUUGUGAAGUAUUAACAAUAUUUUUUUAAACAUUUGUUUUCAAUUGUUGUGAUUCAAUCAUUCUGAGAAAACUUUAAUCCGGAGGAAGUUAUUUGAAUUAUUCAAGUUGUGUGAAUUUUAAAGAAAAGUUGAAUCCAUUCCGGCCAACGUUCUCAAGUUUCUGCAUUAAAAAAAGAAGAUCAAAAUGAAGAUUCAAAUGCGAAUAUUAGUUGCAAUGAGUGUCAUCACACUAAGCAUACAAAAGUCAGUGAGCACUGGUUCGAGAAGAGUCUGUACAUUGGAUGAAAUGCGUGAAUUGGCUGCUAAUGCCUGUGAUCAUAUGUUUAUGCGAGAAAAGCGACAAAUUUCUAAUAGUCUUCUGAAUUCGUGGGAUCAUCCAAAAAGUGGUACUGCACACCUCCACCACCCCAGCAAAGGAGUGAAAGUGCGGCGUCGUGACUUUCCUGAUGGAGGGUACCUCAUUAUCGAGCACAAAUACGCCAAAAUUCUAAGUCAGCGAAGUCAAAAACCAAAAUAUCACGUGGUCGACUGGCAUUCCAAAAAAUUCGCCAACAUGGACUAUCGCAGUAAACGCGCAAAUAGUGCAGGAAUCGGGGUGACCUAUUGCUGUACGCAUAAAUGUUCACCCCUAGACAUAUGUUUAGCUAGCAGAAAGUAAAUUUAUUUUUUUUCUUUAAUAAGUUUUAUACUAUUUAUGAGUAUGGAGUAUGUUUAGAAAAACUACAUAACAGUGAAAGCAAGAGAAGAAAAUAUUUAUUAAAACAUUUAAAUUAAUGUUCGUCAGUAUUACGAUGCAUCGAGUGUAUCUUAGUUUUUUUCCUCAUUUCAUUUUGUUUUAUUAAAUAUUUUUAUUACACGUGCCAUCACAAUUUACGCAUUGUGAAGUGUUAAGAAUCAAAUUUGUGAUUUGAAAUACUUAAUUUUACUGAAUUAAUUGUAAGGUAAAUUUUUGUGAUUAAAAUUUCAAAUUGUGUAUUAUUA